GGAACUCCAAUUCCCAGCCACCUAAUUCUGAUCCAAGAGUGGGUCAACUCCAGAUUUUCACUUCAGCCAGCACAUGGCAAACCUCUCACAGAUUUCAACCGAGCGUUGGGCGAGUUCUAUAGCAAGCACGCCACCAAGAUGAGAGUUCGCAAGUGGAUUGAAUCUAACCCGUGCCAAAAAGACCUCGAAGGCGAAGCUGAGAAGAAGUGGAUG